AUGAGCCAGGCCGGCGAGGUGGUCCGCGCGGAUGUCUUCGAGGACUACCAGGGCCGCAGCAAAGGCUGCGGCAUCGUCGUCUACAAGAGCGAGGAGGCGGCGCAGCGCGCCAUCAAGGAACUCACCGACACCGUCCUCCUCGAACGUCCAAUCUUCGUGCGGGAAGAUCGCGAAGAGGGAGGCGGCAGCGGCAGCAAGUUUUCGGGGGGCCGCGGUCGAGGGCGCGGGCGCGGGGGCUUCUCCGGCGGCCGCGGGGGCUACCAGGGCUCGCAGGGCUCUUCUUACCAGGGAGGCGGCCAGGGCAGCCAGGGAAGUUACCAGGGGGGCGGCGGGGGCCGUCAGAUCUUCGUGUCGAAUUUGCCGUGGAAGACUUCUUGGCACGAACUCAAGGAUCUGUUCCGCGAGUGCGGAGAAGUGAUCAGAGCGGAUGUGAUGGAAAUGCCCGGGGGCCGUUCGAAAGGCGUGGGCACAGUUUUGUUUGCUUCUCGAGAGAGCGCACAGAACGCAAUAGACACUUUUAACAAUUACGUGUUGGACGGGCGUCAGAUAUCUGUGCGUUUUGACCGGAAAGAAAUGUAA